AUGUCUCGUGUUACAAAGAUAAAGCAUGUGCUAAAAGAGCAAGAGGCGGACGAUUUCGAUGUACCGAAAGAAAAUCAACAAAUCGUACGUAUCGUUGCCAGCAGGGGCAACAACUUGCACGAGGUUGAAACGGCACAGGACGGCGAGGAAAGAUUUCUUGUUUCGAUGCCGGUCAAGUUUCGCAAAAAUGUGUGGAUCAAGCGAGGCGAUUACGUGCUGGUGGAACCGAUCGAGGAGGGCAACAAGGUGAAAGCAGAAAUAUGCCGCAUUCUGACACCGGAACAUGUCAAGGUGUUCGAAAAGGAAGGUGUAUGGCCACGCAAGUUUAGCAAAAAGCGCGACGCGGAAGAAGAUUUGGACGAGGAUGGACUGUUCCGGAAUACGAAUCGCAAAUUUAUGGCCCAAAGUUCCGAUGAUGACGAUGAAGAGGAUACGGAAGAUGAGGAUGAAGACGAGGAAGAGGAAGAAACAUCCCGAGAGGCAAUGGAUGCGACACAGAAACAGUCACCGAUGGACCGAUAA